ACCGCAGAGGGCUGAGCGGCGCCGCUGGUGUCAGAGCCGGGCGGACGCGGGCAGCUCCGCGGCGGGGAUGCUGAGCAGCGCCGGGUACUGCGGGCGAGUGGGGCACAUCGGGCCGUGAAAGAACCCUGCGCCGCGGCCAAUCCCGAGGCCAGCACCGCCGUGGCAGCCAAGCGAAGGGACAGUUCACUCAGCCGCGGCCGUUCCCGGAUCCCGGGUCCUCGGAGGGUUCUGGAACCUCGAGAGACACCCGGGGCUCCAGAGGCGCCCGGCGGCCCCCGCGACCGUCCAGACCCGCGUCGGUGCCCCGUGGCCGGCGAGCCGCGGCUGGGUGCGGCGGACACCAUGAUCGUCGCGGACCCCGAGUGCCGCGCCGAGCUCAAGGACUACCUGCCGUUCGCUCCGGGCAGCGGCCCCCGCGCCGGGGAGGAGCCCAGGGAGAACCGGGCUCGAAGAGGCCCUCGCGGUCCCAGCGCCUUCAUCCCUGUGGAGGAGGUCCUUCGGGAAGGGCCUGAGAGCCUGGAGCAGCAUCUGGGACUGGAGGCGCUGAUGUCCACAGGACGGGUGGAUAACUUGGCUAUAGUGAUGGGCCUGCACCCCGACUACCUCAGCAGCUUUUGGCGCCUACACUACCUGUUGCUGCACACAGAUGGGCCACUGGCCAGCUCUUGGCGCCACUACAUUGCCAUUAUGGCUGCUGCUCGCCACCAGUGUUCCUACCUGGUGGGUUCCCACAUGGCUGAAUUUCUGCAGACUGGUGGAGACCCCGAAUGGUUAUUGGGCCUCCACCAUGCCCCCAAGAAGCUACGCAAACUCAGUGAAAUCAACAAGUUGCUGGCACACCGACCGUGGCUCAUUACUAAGGAGCAUAUCCAGGCCUUGCUGAAGACAGGUGAGCACAGCUGGUCCCUGGCAGAGCUCAUCCAGGCCCUGGUGUUGCUCACCCAUUGCCACUCCCUGGCCUCCUUUGUAUUUGGCUGUGGUAUCCUUCCUGAUGGGGACCCGGAAGGCAGCCCUGCCCCCCAGGCACCUUCGCCCCCCAGUGAGAGGAGCAGCCCCCCAAGCAGGGACUCAUUGAACAACUUUGGGGGCUUUGAGACAGCCCAUGACGUGGAAGCCCUGAUGGAACGCAUGAGGCAACUUCAAGAGAGCCUGUUGAGGGAUGAGGGAGCCUCCCAGGAGGAGAUGGAGAAUCGCUUUGAGUUGGAGAAGUCAGAGAGCCUGCUGGUGACUCCUUCAGCUGACAUUCUAGAGCCUUCUCCACACCCAGACAUGCUGUGCUUUGUGGAAGAUCCUGCUUUUGGAUAUGAAGACUUCACUAGGCGAGGGGUUGCGGCGCCCCCCACCUUCCGUGCCCAGGAUUAUACCUGGGAAGACCAUGGCUACUCCCUGAUCCAGCGUCUCUACCCCGAGGGUGGGCAACUACUGGAUGAGAAGUUCCAAGCAGCCUAUAGCCUCACCUACAACACCAUCGCCAUGCACAGUGGAGUGGACACCUCCAUGCUCCGCAGGGCCAUCUGGAACUAUAUCCAUUGUGUCUUUGGCAUCAGGUAUGAUGACUAUGACUAUGGGGAGGUGAACCAGCUCCUGGAGCGGAACCUGAAGGUCUAUAUCAAGACAGUGGCCUGCUACCCUGAGAAGACCACGCGAAGAAUGUACAACCUCUUCUGGAGGCACUUCCGCCACUCGGAAAAGGUCCACGUGAAUUUGCUGCUCCUAGAGGCCCGCAUGCAAGCUGCCCUGCUCUAUGCCCUCCGUGCCAUCACCCGCUAUAUGACCUGACUCCCGUGCAGGACUGGGGUCUGAAGUCGCUGACCCUGGGGCAUCAUUCUCCCUGCAAGGACUUCUCUGUAUGGAGACAGACCCUGAUCCUUUUCUGUCCUGCACCUACCUGCCAUGCUCUGAGGACCGGCUGUGUGUGCUGUGCAGCCCCCAAGCUGCAUCCUCUUUUCCUCACUGGAAUAGACUGGAUCGUUAAUUAUGCUGACUCUGGGAGCUCAGCUCUGCCCCCGAGAGAUGGCAGAGGACUAGCAGAUGCUAAGGGGCCAUGCCCUUCUUGCUGCUCACCCCAGAAAGCAGAGGGCGCAGGAAGGAGAGUGGGCUAACUUCUAAUUUGUGUGCCAGCAGGCUGAGCCCGAGACACCACAAGUACUGUGCCCUUCUCAGCCUGCAAAGUCCCUGGCUGGCCACCUCCAGGGACUGACACUCCAACCAAGCGGCGUUGUCUUUCCUCCUCCCUCAUUCCCAGAUUUCAUUACCUCUCAUCUACCAGUUUACCCAUCAAUGUGAAAGUAUCACAGCUGGUCUGUGGAUCUGACUCCUCAAAAGUCUUAUUUUGCUGAGCAGCCUGUAGAUCCUUUAUUCACUGGUUGCCCCAGUUCUAGCCAGUUGCUCUGACCCUUUAAUCUCAUGCCCUGGUAAAGACCAUGCACAUAAAAGAAAAAAAAAAGGUCAUAACUAGAGAGUUUGAGGUCUCUGUUGAUCAUAUUGUCUUCUGAAGAAGAGGAAGUAUUGUAUUAUACAUUCUUUGUAUUGUGGUUCCUUAUGGGUGAAGUUCUUCAGGGCUUCACUCCAGGAGCCAUAUUCAAUGCCUGGGAGGAACAGGACAGGGAGAAACCUAUUCUCCCUAAACCUCUGUAGACUGACACCCCACAGCCCCCCCCCCCCACAUGUGUGUCCAAAAAACCCAAAUCUUUUUAGGUGGCAUGUGGCCCAGUGGGAGAGGUGGGAGACUCCAGUGGGCUCUGCCACUGGCCAAGUGACCACAGCCACACUGCCAAGAAUUUACCUCCAUUCCGUAAUUGCAGGCUGUGGGGUGGGGCUAGGUUUCUAUGACGUCUGAGUCACCUCUUUAGGAUUCUCUGGCCAACCUGCUAGGAGAAAACUGCACAUCUUGCAGGAUUUUGAAGGCCGCUAGGGAUCCCCCGCUUCAACUCUUGCAGUCUGUCUUGUAACUGCAUUCCAAGGCCUGCUGUAUACUCCAUUCCCUAUUCCUGGCCCCUCCCUUUGAUUUUAGAUAGAUCACUUGGAGAAUAUGAGCUGCUGAAGACUAAUCCCAGGCACCUUCUGUAGCAAACAAGCUGUGAAUUUGUGACUCCCCUUGCCUUUUUUUUUUUUUGGGGGGGGGCAGUAGUUGCCUUCUAUCUGACCAAUUUGGAGGAGGUUGAAGAAAGGCAAGGGCCAACCAAGAUGCUUCUUCUGACCAUCCUAUCUGGGGUGGGGCAGGGGAAGAGCUUGGUCAGUUUGCCACAUUUCAUACCCAUGCAGGCAUGGGGAAGCGACUGGCACUCCCUUCAGACCUCAGAGUCCUCCCUGCCAUGAGGCUGGAUGGAAAGGGAGAGAGGCCCCAGCACUGGGAUUUGGAUUCUAGAGGGGACAUGAUGUCUCUGUAAAUGUCCCCCAGGUGGGUGGGAGGAGAUAUUCAGUGUUCAAGUACAGAAAGAAAUCUUUGGCUUGCUACCAGUUACGUGUGAUGAGAAAUAAAAGUACACCAAGGUUUUGUUUUGUA